CACAGGUUAACGCACAUGAAGACAUUAGAAUGGAAAAAAGGGAAAAGAAGAAUACAAAGGCAGAAGAGCGAGUGAGGUGUGGACAGACAGAGCAAAUAAAAACAGAGGAUUUGUAUUUUUUUUUUUUUUGCACCUGAAAGUUUCUGCCAAACUUUGAGGAAAUCCCUGUUUGAAUCGGCUUGGGGACUUCUCUUUCUCUUGUGGAUUUUAAAUUUACCCGGUUUGUAAUUGGAAACUUUUUGAGGAUUAUGACUCUGUUUGAACAUUUUGAAUUCAAUUCCAGCCCUACUGAAUUUUGAUCAUAUAAAUCAUGUAAAAAGAAGAAAUCCAGUGAUAAGCAGCUGUGUGACACAGCACAGUGAAUGAUGUUCAUCUGACACCUGACUGCUGGAGCCAAACAUGGCAUCUCACUGCGUCACGUAGAAGUGUACAACAAAGUCAAUAGUUCUGGUGACGUCCCUGUUGUAACCAUGGCGUCCCGGGUGAAGCAGCCCCAGGGGGGUGGCCUGUCCUCUCUAUUUUCCUGCUGCUUCAAAAGUAGUGAACCACCAGAGAUCACCUACUGCCAUGAUAACACUACCACUAUGGCUGUACUGGAGCCCACCCUGCCCAUGCCCCCCCCUAAAGAGCUGGACUCUAUUUUCACUGAACUGGUGGAUGAACUGGACCUCUCAGAGGAGCACAGAGCUGCCAUGUUUGCUUUGCCAGCAGAGAAAAAAUGGCAGAUCUACUGUAGCAAGAAAAUGGAGGCAGAGGAGAAUAAAGGAGCAACCAGCUGGCCAGAGUACUAUAUUGACCAGCUCAGGUCCAUGGCUGCUAGGAGGACUCUGCUGGCACUGGAGGAUGAGGAAGAUCAGGGAAGAACUAAGAUCGUAGAUGGUCUAAAGACGGCACUGAGGACCCAGCCAAUGAGAUUUGUGACACGAUUCAUUGAGUUGGACGGACUGUCUUGCAUCCUGAACUUCCUCAAGUCAAUGGACUAUGAGACCACCGAGUCUCAGGUCCACACCUCACUGAUCGGCUGCAUCAAAGCUCUAAUGAACAACUCUCAGGGCAGAGCUCAUGUCCUGGGUCACUGUGAAAGCAUCAGUAUCAUCACACAAAGUCUCAGCACUGAUAACAUCAAAACCAAGGUUGCAGUGUUGGAGAUCCUCGGUGCAGUGUGUUUGGUGCCAGGGGGCCACAGGAAAGUACUAGAAGCCAUGGUACACUACCAGAAAUUUGCCUCGGAGAGAACACGCUUCCAGAACCUGCUGACAGACUUGGAUAGAUCCAUAGGCCGCUACAGAGAUGAAGUUAAUCUGAAGACUGCCAUAAUGUCCUUCAUCAAUGCUGCGCUCAGCCAGGGAGCAGGAGAGACCAGUCUGGAGUUCCGUAUCCAUUUGCGCUAUGAGUUCCUAAUGUUGGGCAUUCAGCCAGUCAUUGAUAAACUACACUCCCAUGACAACGCCACCUUGGACAGACAUCUGGACUUCUUUGAGAUGUUAAGGAACGAAGACGAGCUUCAGAUGUCCAAACGCUUCGACGCUGUCCACAUAGAAACUAAAAGUGCCAGCCAGAUGUUUGAGCUGAUCAAGAAGAAGCUGAGCCACACUGAAGCCUACCCUCACCUCCUGUCUGCACUGCAGCACUGCCUCAUGAUGCCAUAUAAGCAGAGCAGCACCACACGGCAGUACUGGGUGUUGUUGGACCGGAUAAUUCAGCAGCUGGUUCUGCAGACAGACAAAGGUGAAAACCCUGAUGUGGCACCACUGGAGGACUUCAACGUUAAGAAUAUUGUACGAAUGCUCGUCAAGGAGGACGAGGUCAAACAAUGGAAAGAACAAGCUGAUAAAAUGAGAAAAGAACAUCAAAACUUACAGCAGCGCGUUGAAAAGAAAGAGAGGGAGUGUGAGGCCAAAAAUAAGGAGAAGGAAGACAUGAUGGCGAUGUUGAACAAGAUGAAAGAGAAGCUGGAGCGGGAGAGCAACGAGCACAAGCAGGCCAAACAACAAGUGGCAGAGCUGUCCGCUCGGCUGCAGCAGCUCAACAACACCUCCACUGUUCCUGGAGGACCUCCUGUGACCUCUGGUGGUUUAGUUCCUUCUGGUCCUGUCCCAGCUAUCCCUCCUCCCGCUCCCCCGCCUCCUCCUCCACCACCACCUCCUCCAGGAGGCCCACCCUCUUUUGGCAUGGCCCCAUUUGCCCCACCACCUCCUCCCCCGCCAGGGGCUCCAAUGGGAACUGCCCAGAAGAAGAAUAUUCCUCAGCCAUCAAACCCACUGAAGUCCUUCAACUGGAGCAAACUCCCUGAGAACAAAAUACAAGGAACCAUAUGGAAAGACAUCGAUGACCUCAAGGUGUUUAAAGUUCUGGACCUAGAAGAGUUCCAGAGGACCUUCUCAGCCUACCAGAAACCACAAAAGAUUGCUGAGGACGACCAGACUUAUGCCAAGAAAGUCAAGGAGCUGUCGGUUAUUGAUGGUCGGCGAGCACAGAACUGUAACAUCCUGCUCUCACGGCUGAAGCUGACCAACGAAGAGAUCCGCCAUGCCAUCCUGACCAUGGAUGAACAGGAAGACUUACCUAAAGACAUGCUGGAGCAGCUUCUGAAGUUUAUUCCUGAGAAGAGUGACAUUGAGCUGUUAGAAGAACACAAGCAUGAGCUGGAACGUAUGGCCAAAGCAGAUCGCUUCCUGUAUGACAUGAGCAGCAUCAACCACUAUCAACAGAGGCUCCAGAGUCUCUACUUCAAGAAGAAGUUUGCUGAGAGAGUGGCUGAGGUCAAACCUAAAAUCAAAGCUCUGAGUCUUGCGUCCAGGGAGGUGGUACAGAGCAGGACACUGCGUCAGCUCCUAGAGGUGGUCCUGGCCUUUGGGAACUACAUGAACAAAGGACAACGAGGAAAUGCCUACGGAUUUAAAGUGUCCAGUCUCAACAAGAUAGCUGACACCAAGUCAAGCAUUAACAAAAACGUCACCCUGCUCCACUACAUGAUCACUGUACUGGAAAAGAAGUACCCAAAAGUGGCAACCUUCAGCGAAGAACUACAAAAUGUGCCAGAGGCUGCUAAAGUCAAUAUGACAGAGUUGGAGAAGGACAUUGGCAACCUGAGAUCUGGUCUAAAGAGUGUUGAAGCGGAGCUGCGGUACCAGCAGGCUCAGUCCUCUCGCAGUCCUGCGAAUAAGUUUGUCUCUGUGGUCAGUCAGUUCAUCACUGUGGCCUCCUUCAGCUUCUCCGAUGUAGAGGAGUCACUCAGUGAGGCCAAAGAAGUGUUUGGAAAGGCACUGAGGCACUUUGGAGAAGACAUGUCCAACCUGCAGCCGGACGAGUUCUUUGGGAUCUUCGACACUUUCCUCACAUCUUUCUCAGAAGCCAAACAGGACAACGAGAAUAUGGCCAGACGCAAGGAGGAAGAGGAGAGACGGGCACUCAUGGAGGCACAGCUGAAGAAAGAGAGGGAGCAGAAGGCGAGGAGAGCAAAUGAAGAGGAAGGUGGCGAGUUCGAUGACCUGGUAUCUGCUCUGCGCUCCGGAGAGGUGUUUGAUAAGGAUCUGUCCAAAAUGAACCGUAGAAAACAGCGGAGACAUAACUUGUUUGACGGCAGCCGUGAGAGACUGGUAUCAAAGCUGGACCAGUAA